GGUACAGAUACAGCAGAGAGGUGAAGGACUAAACUUCAAAGCAAGCGGAGCAGCAGCUCGUCUCCGGCGAAUUAACUACCCGAAAAAAAAGAGGAAAAAUUAGCUUCGGCCGCAGCGAUCGGAGAUGGCCGGAGGAGGGGCGGCGCCAGCUCCGACCGGUGUUUCUAUAGAGAGGGCUCAGCUCUAUAAGGGAAGGGUCACGCCGUACGUCGUCACAACAUGCCUCAUCGCCGCCGUCGGCGGAUCUAUCUUCGGCUACGACAUCGGCAUCUCCGGAGGGGUGACAUCUAUGGACCCAUUUCUAGAGAAAUUCUUCCCAGUUGUGUACAGGAAGAAGAACAACAAAUCACAGAACAACUACUGCAAGUACGACAACCAAGGCCUCUCCGCCUUCACCUCCUCUCUCUACCUCGCCGGACUCGUCGCCUCUCUCGCCGCCUCCCCCGUCACUCGCCACCGUGGCCGCCGCACCAGCAUCCUCUGCGGCGGCCUCUCCUUCAUCGCCGGCGCAACGCUCAAUGCCUCGGCUCAGAACCUCGCCAUGCUCCUCCUCGGCCGGAUCCUCCUCGGCGUCGGCAUCGGCUUCGGCAACCAGGCCGUGCCACUGUACUUAUCAGAAAUGGCUCCGGCCCAUCUCCGCGGCGGCCUGAACAUGAUGUUCCAGCUGGCCACCACUCUCGGCAUCUUCUCCGCCAACAUGAUCAAUUUCGCCACCGAGAAAAUCCACCCGUGGGGCUGGCGCCUCUCCCUCGGCCUCGCCGCCUUCCCCGCCCUCCUCAUGACCGCCGCCGGCCUCUUCCUCCCCGAAACCCCCAACUCCCUGAUCGAACGCGGAAACCCCGAGCGCGGCCUCGCCGUCCUCCAACGCAUCCGCGGCACCCAUGGCGUCGACGCCGAGUUCCAGGACAUGGUCGACGCCAGCGAGCUCGCCAAUUCCAUCCAACACCCUUACAGAAACAUAUUUGAGAAGAGGAAUCGGCCCCAGCUGGUAUUGGCGGUAUUUAUGCCGGCGUUUCAGAUUCUGACGGGGAUUAAUUCCGUGCUUUUCUAUGCGCCGGUGUUGUUUCAGAGCAUGGGGUUUGGGGGAAACGCUUCACUUUAUUCGUCGAUGGUGACCGGAGCGGUGCUGGUUCUGUCGACGGUGGUUUCGAUUGUCGCGGUGGAUAGGUUGGGCCGACGGCCGCUGCUUAUCGCCGGCGGGAUCCAGAUGAUUGUUUGCCAGGCAAUAGUGGCAUUGAUCCUAGGCCUGAAAUUCGGCGACGACAAGCAGCUCUCAAAGCCCUUCUCCAUCACCGUCGUCGUUAUCAUCUGCCUCUUCGUGGCCGCCUUCGGCUGGUCAUGGGGGCCGCUCGGUUGGACGGUGCCGAGCGAGAUCUUCCCGCUGGAAACCCGGUCGGCCGGUCAGAGCAUCACGGUGGCCGUCAAUCUCUUCUUCACCUUCGCCAUUGCCCAAUCAUUCCUCUCUCUCCUCUGCUCCUUCAAGUUCGGCAUCUUCCUCUUCUUCGCCGGCUGGAUCCUUAUCAUGACCGUCUUUGUUUUCUUCUUCCUGCCGGAGACGAAGGGGGUUCCGAUCGAGGAGAUGGUGCUUAUCUGGAGAAAGCACUGGUUCUGGAAGAAAGUACUCCCGCCAGUUGCUUGACGAAAUGCCGAGCCCAAGGAGAAGCACGGUAUGGGUGGAUGGGCGUAGCUAGGUAAUUACAUUAUGCUUUUGUGUUUAUAUUUUGAGUAUUUACAUAAAUCAUACUCAAAAUUAUUUUAUCUAUAUAUUUAACAUCUAAAUUUUAUUAUUUAAUUUAAUAUACCUCCAAAUUUUAAAUAAUAUUAAAAAAAAAACUCUUUACACUUUUUCACAAUCAACGGUCAUAUGAAUCCUCUUCCCAUUGAGAUUGUAUCACAACUUUUUCUCAUCUUACUUUUCCUUCACACUCCGCCCGUCUCAUAGAAAAAAUUAUUAUGUGCGGAAUUCAGAUAGGAAGAAUCAUUUAGAUUAUAAGUGUACACAUAAUGUGUAUAUUGAUUUGGUAUACACUAUGUACAAACAUAUACAAAGUGCACUCACAUAUCCGAACGAUUCUUCUUGUUCGGAUUCUGCACAAAAUAAUUUCUCAUCUCAUUGAUCAUCUUUCCCGUCAAGAUUUUAUCUUGAUUUUUUUUUCUCUUUAUGUCUGUUGAGAUCUCAUCAUGAAUUUCUCAUUCCUUUUUUCUCUCUAAUGAGAUCAUGUGGCAAUUCUAAUUUAGAUGUUAAAUAUAUAAAUAAAAUAAUUCAGAAAAUUAUGCAUCUGAUGAUUUGAAUCAUCCCUUAUAUUAUCAUAUUUUUAUAUCCGCAUUAAAAUAUCAUAUUCAUAUACAUUUGAUAUGUUGGUCGAGAGUUUUGGCUAUGAGAGGUCUUAGAUGGGAUGCUUAUACAUGUAAUAUGAGUAUGAUUUUCUCUUAAUGGCUUAGAUGUUUCAAAAAAUUGAAAAUAAAAUAAAAUAAAAUAUUGUUUAGAUGAAAAUUUUGAUGUUUAAUAAAAUGUAAUUACUUCGUGGGUGAUUGUAUUUAUGCACUCAAAUAUAUGAAUUUAUUCUCAUUUCAUA